AUGUCCGCCAACUAUUGGGAGUCGACGCAGCGCCGUCACUGGACCUUUACCAAGGAGGAACUCGCGGCCGCACGCCAGAAGCUGGAAGACGAUAACCAGGAGCUUGUGCGCAUGUUCCCACUGCCACAGAUACGGCACCUUUCCAUCUUCUUCAACCAGCUCAUGAUCCGUCUCAGCAAGCGGAUCCAGAUCCGACAGCAAUGCAUGGCAACGGCCCAGGUCUACCUUAAACGCUUCUACUCUCGCGUCGAGAUCCGCCGCACGAACCCAUACCUCGUCGUCACCACAUGCGUAUACCUAGCCUGCAAGAUUGAGGAGGCACCCCAGCAUAUCCGGCUUGUCGUCACCGAAGCCCGCACGCUAUGGGGCGACUUCAUCUCCCUCGAUGCCAGCAAGCUUGGCGAGUGCGAGUUCAUGCUCAUCAGUGAGAUGAGCAGCCAACUCAUGAUCCAUCAACCGUACCGCACGUUGCAAGCGCUACGUGGCGAGCUCAACAUGACGGAGGAGGACUCGCAGCUGGCAAGGUCCAUCAUCAACGACGCUUUCAUAACAGAUCUGCCGGUGACAUGCGCACCGCACACCAUUGCUUUGGCGGCGAUAUUGUUGGCGCUGGUUCUUAGGCCGAAUCAAGGGCCUGGCGCGUCUGGCUCUGGCGCGGCGGCUGGUCUGGCAGCUGCACAGGCCGCACUGAGCCAGGCGCGAGGGCUGCCUUCGCCGUCGCCGCUGGGCUCGUCUUUCAGCAACCCACUCAUCGGGUCCUCUCCAUUGCCCUCGCCGAGCCUGCUACAGCCUGGCGUCGCCAACAAGGGCCAGCUGGGUGAUAGGCUCAGCCGGGUCCAGCAGUUCGCGGCCUGGUUAUCGGACAGCAAUCUGGACAUUCCCUCCAUGGUUGAUGCCACGCAGGAGAUUAUUUCUUUUUACGAAUGCCAGGAGGCGUACAAUGAGAAAUUGACAAAGGAGCAGAUCAACAGGUUUGUCAAGGCUCGAGGAUUGGACAAGUAG